UAACAAGAUAACCACAUCAAGAUGGUUGGAAAACUGAAGCAGAAUUUACUAUUGGCGUGCCUGGUGAUCAGUUCUGUGACAGUAUUUUACUUGGGCCAGCAUGCCAUGGAAUGCCACCACCGAAUAGAGGAACGUAGCCAGCCAGCCAAAUUGGAGAGCACAAAAGCCACCGUGCGAACUAGCCUGGACUCUAAAGCCAAUAAAACCUUUGCCUAUCACAAAGAUAUGCCUUUGAUAUUCAUUGGCGGUGUGCCUCAGAGUGGGACCACACUCAUGAGGGCCAUGCUGGACGCACACCCUGACAUUGGCUGUGGAGAGGAGACCAGGGUCAUUCCUCGGAUCGUGGCCCUGAAGCAGAUGUGGUCGCGGUCCAGUAAAGAGAAAAUCCGCUUGGAUGAGGCUGGUGUCACUGAUGAAGUGCUGGACUCUGCCAUGCAAGCCUUCUUACUAGAAAUCAUCGUGAAGCAUGGGGAGCCAGCCCCGUACUUAUGUAACAAAGAUCCCUUUGCCCUGAAAUCCUUAACUUACCUUGCCAGAUUGUUCCCCAAUGCCAAAUUUCUCCUGAUGGUUCGAGAUGGCCCGGCAUCAGUGCAUUCAAUGAUUUCUCGGAAAGUUACUAUAGCUGGGUUUGACCUGAACAGCUACAGGGACUGUUUGGCCAAGUGGAAUCGUGCCAUAGAGACGAUGUACAACCAGUGCAUGGAGGUCGGUUACAAAAAGUGCAUGUUGGUCCACUACGAGCAGCUCGUCCUCCAUCCUGAGCGGUGGAUGAGGACCCUGUUGAAGUUUCUCCACGUCCCAUGGAACUACUCAGUGCUGCACCAUGAGGAGAUGAUCGGGAAGGCCAGGGGAGUGUCGCUGUCAAAAGUGGAGAGAUCUACAGACCAAGUCAUCAAGCCAGUCAAUAUGGGAGCUCUGUCAAAAUGGGUGGGGAAGAUCCCUCCAGAUGUCUUACAAGAUAUGGCAGCGAUUGCACCCAUGCUUGCCAAAUUGGGGUAUGACCCUUACGCCAACCCACCCAACUACGGGAAGCCGACCCCCGGAUCCUCGAGAACACCAGAAGGGUCUACAAAGGAGAAUUCCAGCUACCUGACUUUCUGAAGGAAAAACCCCAGACGGAGCCUAUGGAGUAGCAGGGCCUGGAACCUCCUUCACACCUUGAGG